UACCAACUACUGCGAAACCAAAAAGGGUGAUGAUUUUGGCAGUCUAUGUAUAAUUACAGUCAGUAUGCUCCGCUUCGUCCUCCUGCUAUGUGCCGCCACCGCGGCUCUGGCAUACAAGAACCCGCACUAUGCGUCCGGCAGGAGCACCAUGGUCCACCUGUUCGAGUGGAAGUGGAACGACAUCGCUGCCGAGUGUGAGAGGUUCCUCGGGCCGAGAGGAUUCGGCGGCAUUCAGAUCUCCCCACCCAACGAGAACCUGGUGAUCUGGUCCCAUAACCGCCCCUGGUGGGAGCGCUACCAGCCUAUCUCCUACCGCCUGAUCACCAGGUCCGGUAACGAGCAGGAGUUCGCUGACAUGGUGAGACGCUGCAACAAUGUUGGAGUCAGGAUCUACGUUGACGCCAUCAUCAACCACAUGACUGGCACGUGGAACGAGAACGUCGGUACUGGUGGCAGCACCGCCAACUUCGGUAACUGGCACUACCCCGCUGUGCCUUACGGCUCCAAUGACUUCAACUGGCCCAUCUGCGUCAUCCAAGGCAACGACUACGGCUGCUGCCCUGAAAGAGUCCGCAACUGCGAGCUCUCCGGUCUGAAGGAUCUGAACCAGGGUUCGGAGUAUGUCCGUCAGAUGAUCACCGGAUACAUGAACCAUCUCAUCGAUUUGGGUGUAGCUGGAUUCAGAAUCGACGCCGCCAAGCACAUGUGGCCCGGCGACCUGUCCGUCAUCUACGGCCGUCUCAAGAACCUCAACACCAACCACGGAUUCCCCUCCGGCGCCAGGCCUUACAUCUACCAGGAAGUCAUUGACCUGGGUGGCGAAGCUAUCAGCCGCGAUGAGUACACUUCACUGGCUGCUGUCACGGAGUUCAGAUUCGGAAUGGAGCUCAGUCGCGCUUUCCGCGGUGGAAAUCAACUGAGAUGGCUCGUCAACUGGGGUCCUCAAUGGGCUCUUCUAGCCUCCGGCGAUGCUCUCACCUUCAUCGACAACCACGACAACCAGCGUGGCCACGGCGCCGGCGGUGACAUCCUGACUUACAAGACAGCUAAGCAGUACAAGGGAGCUAUCGGCUUCAUGUUGGCUCAUCCCUACGGAGAACCACAGCUGAUGAGCAGCUUCGACUUCACCAACACCGAAGCCGGACCCCCGAUGGACAACAGCGGCAACAUCAUCUCACCUUCCAUCAACUCUGACAACAGCUGCGGCAACGGCUGGAUCUGCGAGCACCGCUGGCGUCAGAUCUAUUCGAUGGUAGCGUUCCGCAACGUUGCUGGUAACACCGGUAUGAACGACUGGUGGGACAACGGCAGCAACCAGAUCGCUUUCUGCCGUGGCGGCUCAGGAUUCGUCGCGUUCAACAACGACAACUGGGAUCUCAACCAGAACUUACAGACUUGCCUGCCCGCCGGUACCUACUGUGACGUGAUCUCCGGUGAGAGGCGCGACAACAGCUGUACUGGCAAGUCCAUCACGGUCGGCAACGACGGCCGCGCCAACAUCUACCUCGGCGCCAGCGAGUUCGACAUGCUGCUGGCCAUCCACGUUGGCUCUGAGUCCCGGCUGUAAAUAUUGGAGUUGGAAGAACAUCUUCGAAGACUGAUUUUGCAUAUGAAAAUAUAC